GCUUAAGACAUAAUAAGAACUGGGCACUAAAGUUAUUCCAUGGCUCCAGCCCGCAUUAUUUUGUUCAUGGGCCAAAUUAUCUUAAUACCGGUUGGAUUAAUGGUUCACAGUUAAGUGAUAUUACUUUAGUAUCAGAGCUAACAAAUUUUUAUCAUAUAAAUAUUGAUGGAUUUUCAGGAAUCAUGCGCAUGAAUGCACAUUGGCCCAUCCCUAAGCUUGGCCGUCGUGUGCGGCUAAAUUUACUUUAUGUAAGAUACUAUUACCAUCGGAUAAGAGUAUUACAGCCAGUGCGGAUGUAG